UCAGAAUAGAAACCAAACUCUUUGCUGUUAUACUCACGCCACUGAGGCACUACACAAACAGUUGAGAAAAAUCUCUCUCUCUCUCUCUCUCUCUCCAUACCUUUGUGUUUCUUAUCUUUGUUUUUGCAAAUGGAAGGUCCUUCUGUUAUCUCAGUGACAUCCAAUCUUUAACUUUUCUAGUCUCUGAAUUCAGGUUAACUAUUCUUGAUCUGGGUCACCAUUUUUGUUUUCUUUCUAAUUUUGCUGGUUCAAAGCUAUUCUUGGUUUUUUUGAACACGCCAUCAAAUGGGUUUGACUGGUUUCUUCAAAUGAGUCUUUUGAGGGCGUUCAGCUAUUCUCACAGACUGGUCGUGGAGGAGGCAGAUAUAACUUCUAGACCCUGUUAGGAGUACUAAAGAAACAUUUUAGGACCUCAACUUUUUCACAGCCUGUGCGUUCAAAUUUAGAUCUGCUGAUGGUUCUGCAUUAAGUUUGAGAAACAGCAUCACUGUGUGCAUCAGUGUUUAAGGCAGUUAGAGGCGCCGGCGGAAUCAGAGAAGAGGGAGGCGAUUGACGUUGUUGGACCUUUCUUGGUGUUGCUGAAUUGGGGCUGUCGGGUCGGGCUGAUUAGGUAUUUCAAGUGCAACUUUGCUGAAGUCACAGGUCCUUAAGCCAUGGUUCGAGGUAGAGGGAAAGGGAAGAAACUGACUGUGAGUGACCAUGAUGAUCCAGGAAGUGACGAGGAAGAGAAAAUCCCUGCACAGAAGAGACGGGGAAGGCCACAAAAGUUGCUUAAAGAUGACACUGACGAAGAAGUAGCUGAAAUAAUAGAAGAGGAUGCCGAGGAUGAAAAAAAUGGAAUUCCAAACUUAGAGAUAAAAAGUUCUACUGCAUUGGAGAACGGAAAGAAGAGGAAACGGAAUACGCGGUUGAAGAAAAAACAUGAUUCAGCAGAAGAGGAAAAUGGUAAUGGAACCAGAUCAAGCACUGAUGAGUCUACUCGAUCCAAUGGUUUUCGUCAUAAUAGGCAUAGGCGGAAAAACAAGCCUCGCCGUGCUGCAGAAGCUGGUGUUGAGUGCAAAUGAAAUGGAUUUUGUUCCCUUUAUGAUGACAGAUGCCUCCUUUUACCUUGUAAAUUCCGCUUAAAUUUCCUCAGCAUUUUCUUUAUUGCUUCUCAGUUUGGUGAUUUGUUAUAUUGACAUUUCUUGACAUUGUAGAGGGUCUUGAGAGUGGAAAAUUAAUUAUACCACGUGCAUUUUAAGCCUUAAUAAUACGUUUGUUGAUAAUUCA